GUGAGAAGAUGCACACGAAGCUACACUUUGCUCGUGGAAUUCAUAAUACGAUAAUGAACAGGGAGUUGGGCAACUCACCUAAUUUUUUUUUCGUUCCAAAUUGACAGUUUUAGCCAAAACUAGUGAUGCUAACUCUUCCCGGCUAGCCACAACAAGCUUUCAUCACACACACACACCACUUGACAGGACUGUUAUUCCUAAACACCUGAAUACAAUUGCAUUAGUAACAAACGUCGAACACAUGGCAUCGCACGUAAGUAUAACUCAUUAACAGUCAGUCACCCUUGACAGAAUGUUGUGUAGCCUAAAUUAGCAAAAUAUCAAAACAAACGUGACGCACUCGGAAGCAAUAUGGCAAACUGUAGUGUUGCGUUCAAGUCUAAUAGGAAACUAGGAAACACUGAGUUAUGGUUGUUGGAAGAUGUUCGAGAAGUUCAAAUCAUGAAUGCUUGUAUGGUUUUAAAAUCUAGAUGAAUGCAGAAUGAACGAGUAAUGCAUGUGCAAUAUCUUUUAUAAGGAUCCAAAUACAACGUUCAUUUCACUUUGCAUAACACAACACUAACACUGGCUGCUCUUGGUAAUAUUGUUAUUCGUUUGUUUGUGAAUUUAUAUAAUGCCUCAUAUCAUAUACUCGCAAGCUGGCAAUAUUUUUUUUUGUAUUUGUCAAAAGCAAAUUAACAAGUGUGACUUCUGUCCGAUGUCAGCGUGACUCUUACUCUGCGCAUGCUCAGUUUGCAGUUAGUGGAAGCGCUUGAUAGUAGCUGCGUUGAACAUACUGGUUUUGUGAGAAGAUUCGUUUUAUAGUAGACGCAAUCUAGUAAUUGUUCAUGGCUCUCCGAAUGUGUGUGAGAUUGUCCAAAGUUGCUCCACGACUUUGGUGGGAAAGUAGCGUCCUUCGUUGUGCCUUUGUGCCUCAUGGGACAACCUAUCCAGCAGGAUUUAUAAACACUAGACGUCUUUGCACAAUUCCAGAGUUGUGGUGCUGUAGCCGCCAAUUCAGUUCUGUGCCACCAAACACCGAUGUGACUUACGAGCAGUUAAGGAAGCUCUUGGCCGAUGGCAAGUCUGUCGUUAUAGACGUCAGAGAACCAUGGGAGCUCCGAGAAUACGGCUCCAUCCCUGGCUCAAUGAAUCUCCCCUUGGGUCAGGUGACCAAAGCUCUGCAGCUAAAUCCGGAAGAGUUUACUGAAAAGUAUGGUGGUAAGAUGCCUCAAAAAGUAGACAAUAUUGUGUUCACCUGCCUGAGAGGUGUCAGGAGCAAGAACGCGAUCAGCAUGGCCUCCGAGCUGGGAUACAAGAACGUUCAGCAUUACCCGGGUGGAUGGCAAGACUGGGCAAAAAAUGAGCAUCAAAACUGAAGAUUUUGCAGAAGCUCUAACUUUGCAUUAUUGUUAUUCAAGAUGAGAGUUACCUGUAAUUUACCAUUUAACAAGCGGUUCUAUAACGUCUGUCAAAACAUAUUUUUCUCAUGACUUUGUUUCAUGACCUUUUAUAAAUUGUAAAUCACAAAACACAAUGCAUUGAUUGAACAUGAAUUGGACUGUUUGCAAAUAAUAAAAUUAGUAAUACUGCUGCAAUAAUACUUCAAAUAUUUCUU